AGUGACCGACUUUUCCUCUCUGCUUGUCCUCUCUCAGGGGUCCCUGGUGAAUUCGGCCAUGGUCAUUUAAGGAACCUCUGCUAGGAAGAAUUUCCCCUCGCAGUUCCCUUGGCGGGAAGGCUUGGACUCCAAGAUGAUCAUAAAGGAGUAUCGGAUCCCCCUGCCGAUGACCGUGGAGGAGUACCGCAUCGCCCAGCUGUACAUGAUCCAGAAGAAAAGCCGCAAUGAGACGUACGGUGAAGGCAGCGGCGUGGAGAUCCUGGAGAACCGGCCCUACACGGAUGGCCCCGGCGGCUCUGGGCAGUACACGCACAAGGUGUACCACGUGGGCAUGCACAUCCCUGGCUGGUUCCGCUCCAUCCUGCCCAAGGCGGCCCUGCGGGUGGUGGAGGAGUCCUGGAACGCUUACCCCUACACCAGAACCAGGUUCACCUGCCCUUUUGUGGAGAAAUUCUCCAUCGACAUCGAGACCUUUUAUAAAACCGAUGCUGGAGAAAACCCCAACGUGUUCAGUCUCUCUCCCGUGGAAAAGAACCAGCUGACGAUUGACUUCAUCGACAUCGUCAAGGACCCCGUGCCCCCAAACGAGUACAAGGUGGAGGAGGACCCUAAGCUGUUCCAGUCGGCCAAGACGCGCCGGGGGCCUCUGUCCGACAACUGGAUCGAGGAGUACAAGAGGCAGGUCUUGCCCCUCAUGUGCGCCUACAAGCUCUGCAAGGUGGAGUUCCGCUACUGGGGCAUGCAGUCCAAGAUCGAGAGGUUCAUCCACGACACCGGGCUCCGGAGGGUGAUGGUGCGGGCCCACCGGCAAGCCUGGUGCUGGCAGGAUGAGUGGUUCGGGCUGAGCAUGGAGAACAUCCGGGAGCUAGAGAAGGAGGCGCAGCUCAUGCUGUCCCGCAAGAUGGCCCAGUUCACCGAGGACAGUGAAGAGGCCGCAGAGCUCACCAAGGACCAAGCCGCCCAGGACCAGGUCUCCUGGGAGACCCCCGAGCCCAGCAGCAGCAAUGGGGAGCCCCUGGUAGGGCGGGGCCUAAAGAAGCAGUGGUCCACAUCCUCCAAGUCGUCACGGUCGUCCAAGCGGGGAGCGAGUCCUUCUCAUCACAGCAUCUCGGAGUGGAGGAUGCAGAGCAUCGCCAGGGACUCGGACGAGAGCUCGGACGACGAGUUCUUCGACGCCCACGAGGACCUUUCUGACUCCGAGGAAAUGUUCCCCAAGGAUAUCACCAAGUGGAGUUCCAAUGACCUCAUGGACAAAAUCGAGAGCCCGGAGCCGGAGGACAACCAGGAUGGUCUAUACCGCCAGAGUGGCCCUGAGUUCAGGGUGGCCUCCAGUGUGGAACAGCUGAACAUCAUCGAGGAUGAAGUCAGCCAGCCGCUGGCCACGCCACCCUCCAAGAUCCACGUGCUGCUGCUGGUGCUGCACGGGGGCACCAUCCUGGACACGGGCGCCGGGGACCCCAGCUCCAAGCAGGGCGACGCCAACACCAUCGCCACCGUGUUCGACACGGUCAUGCGCGUGCACUACCCCAGCGCCCUGGGCCACCUGGCCAUCCGCCUGGUGCCCUGCCCACCUGUCUGCUCGGACGCCUUCGCCCUCGUCUCCAAUCUCAGCCCCUACAGCCACGACGAGGGCUGUCUGUCCAGCAGCCAGGACCACAUCCCCCUGGCCGCCCUGCCCCUGCUGGCCACUUCCUCACCCCAGUACCAGGAGGCGGUUGCCACAGUGAUUCAGCGGGCUAACCUGGCCUACGGGGACUUCAUCAAGUCCCAGGAGGGUGUGACCUUCAAUGGGCAAGUCUGCCUGAUUGGGGACUGCGUUGGGGGUGUCCUGGCAUUCGAUGCCUUAUGCUACAGCAACCAGCCGGUGUCUGAGAGCCAGAGCAGCAGCCGCCGGGGCAGCGUGGCCAGCGUGCAGGACGCGGACCUGCUGUCCCCGGCUGGCCUGGUGAGCACGGCGCACUGCUCCGGCAGCGGUGGCGGCGGCGGCGGCGGCGGCGGCGGCUCCAGCCUGGAGAGCAGUCGACACCUGAGCCGCAGCAACAUCGACAUCCCUCGCAGCAACGGCACUGAGGACCCCAAGAAACAGCUGCCCCGCAAGAGGAGCGACUCGUCCACCUAUGAGCUGGACACCAUCCAGCAGCACCAGGCCUUCCUGUCCAGCCUCCACGCCAGCGUGCUGAGGAGCGAGCCCAGUGCCCGCCGCUCAAGCAGCUCCACCAUGCUGGACAGCACGGGGACCCUGGGCAAGUUCGACUUUGAGAUCGCUGACCUCUUCCUCUUCGGGUGCCCGCUGGGGCUGGUCCUGGCCUUGAGGAAGACAGUCAUCCCUGCCCUGGACGUCUUCCAGCUGCGGCCAGCCUGCCAGCAGGUCUACAACCUCUUCCACCCUGCGGACCCGUCAGCCUCCCGGCUGGAGCCGCUGCUGGAGCGCCGGUUCCACGCCCUGCCACCCUUCAGCAUCCCCCGCUACCAGCGCUACCCGCUGGGGGACGGCUGCUCCACGCUGCUGGUCGACACCGUGCAGAGAAACCCCGAGCUGGUCCUGGAGGGCGGCCCCCUGCCCCCUCUCCCCCAUGGGGAUGGCUUCCUGGAAACCAGUAUCCCUGUUCCCGCGCUCACCUGGCAAGACGGGCCCCGCCAGAGCCCGGGCUGUGCUGAGUCGGAUGCACUCCAGGCCCACAACACAGUCUUCCAAGAGCACGUGGCCCCCUCCUCGCCCGGCACAGCCCCUGCAGGUCGUGGCUUCCGGCGGGCCAGCGAGAUCAGCAUUGCCAGCCAGGUGUCGGGCAUGGCCGAGAGCUACACAGCGUCCAGCAUCGCCCAGAAGGCCCCUGUGUCGCUCAGCCACACCCCCAGCAUCAGGCGCCUGUCCCUGCUCGCCCUGCCCCCUCCACCCCCCACCCCUCCUAGGCCCCGUCCUCGGGCCAGGUGGGCCAGCCCCAGCCUGGAGAGGGCCCCUAGCCUCCCUGAGUUGGACAUCAGAGAAGUCGCUGCAAAGUGGUGGGGCCAGAAGCGGAUCGACUACGCCCUGUACUGCCCCGACGCCCUCACGGCCUUCCCCACGGUGGCCCUGCCCCACCUCUUCCACGCCAGCUACUGGGAGUCGACAGACGUGGUCUCCUUCCUGCUGAGACAGGUCAUGAGGCACGACAACUCCAGUGUCUUGGAGCUGGAUGGCAAGGAGGUGUCCGUCUUCACCCCCUCAAAGCCCAGAGAGAAGUGGCAGCGCAGGAGGACCCACGUGAAGCUGCGGAACGUGGCAGCCAACCACCGGAUCAACGACGCCGUCGCCAACGAGGACGGCCCGCAGGUGGUGACCGGCCGGUUCAUGUAUGGGCCCCUGGACAUGGUCACCCUGACGGGGGAGAAGGUGGACGUGCACAUCAUGACGCAGCCACCGUCGGGCGAGUGGCUGUACCUGGACACGCUGGUGACCAACAGCAGCGGGCGUGUCUCCUACACUAUCCCCGAGACGCACCGCCUGGGAGUGGGCGUCUACCCCAUCAAGAUGGUGGUCAGGGGGGACCACACCUUUGCCGACAGCUACAUCACCGUGCUGCCCAAGGGCACGGAGUUUGUCGUCUUCAGUAUCGAUGGCUCCUUUGCUGCCAGCGUGUCCAUCAUGGGCAGUGACCCCAAAGUGCGGGCCGGGGCCGUGGAUGUGGUGCGGCACUGGCAGGACCUGGGCUACCUCAUCAUCUACGUCACGGGCCGGCCCGACAUGCAGAAGCAGCGCGUGGUGGCGUGGCUGGCCCAGCACAACUUCCCCCACGGCGUGGUGUCCUUCUGCGACGGCCUGGUGCACGACCCGCUGCGGCACAAGGCCAACUUCCUGAAGCUGCUCAUCUCUGAGCUGCACCUGCGCGUGCACGCGGCCUACGGCUCCACGAAGGACGUGGCGGUCUACAGCUCCAUCAGCCUGUCGCCCAUGCAGAUCUACAUCGUGGGCCGGCCCACCAAGAAGCUGCAGCAGCAGUGCCAGUUCAUCACCGACGGCUACGCAGCCCACCUGGCCCAGCUCAAGUACAACCACCGGGCACGGCCCGCCCGCAACACGGCCACCCGCAUGGCCCUACGCAAGGGAAGCUUCGGCCUGCCCGGCCAGGGUGACUUCCUGCGGUCCCGGAACCACCUGCUACGCACCAUCUCGGCCCAGCCCAGCGGGGCCGGCCACCGGCACGAGAGGACCCAGAGCCAGGCGGACAGUGACCAGCGGGGCCAGCGCAGCAUGAGCAUGGCGGCCAGCUGCUGGGGCCGCACCAUGGCCGGCCGGCUUGAGCCGGGGACAGCUGUGGGCCCCAAGUAGGGCAUCGUCAAUGAGGCGCUGUGGUCUCCAUGGUGCUACACAGCCCGCCAGGAGACGGGCACAGACGCGACCUGGGAGCCCGCCCCCGGGCCCCGCGCAGGACACAGGCCGCACCACACCAUCCUCCCCGCCCUGCCUCGUGUCCUCGGGGCUCGAGGCCAGCCAGCGGCAGGAUGACCAGGGACCAGGACUCCCCACUCAAGACAGGCCUGGGAGGUGCUCCUGGACCUUCUGCCCUGCACUGGGCUGCAGCAUCCUGGCGCCAGGCGUGGGCCCGGCUCCAGCCCGCCGCCGCCCCGGCUGUGACUCAGCCUCCCCCAGCUCCCCGACACCCAGUAGCAGCUCCAGCAGGGGUGCAGCCUGCUUCUCGUGGAGUCGACUUCCUCAGCUGUUCAACCUCACUGGCUUUGCACUGAAUUCUGGGAGCGGAGACUCAGUCCCAUCUCUGGUUAGACGUCUGGCCGUGCAUGAGAAUUCGGUGUUUGCUGACCCAGGACCUACUGCCACACAGAAGGCUCCCGUGCCACAGACCGCGUGCGAGCAGGAGAGAAAGGCCAUAUCUUAAUUUAUGCAGCCCGGGCCCAGCCACCUGUGCGCCUGCCCCACCAGGAGCCCAGGCCAGCAGCAGGCCUGGCCCGGGUACACGCCGGGGGAAGCGGGCUCCCGAGCAGCCCAGCCUCAGGCCACAGGGCCCGGCCAGGUCCACCCUCCUCUUCCACUCCCUGCCCUCCCGCCCGCGUUUCUACCGCCUUUCUACUUCUCGGUCUGAUUUCUAUGAGGUUUUUUUAAAUGAGCGAUCCUUGGCUGCUCCCUUUUCUUAACUCUUUCAGUACCAAGCGCAGCCCCUCCACAUUGAAACACCCAGCACUGUGACGGAGUCCAGCCUGGCUCUGGGUCCUGGGCCCUGCCCCACUCAGCGGGGUGUGGACUCCCUCGCCUCACCCAACCCCUGUAACUCCACUGGGUUUCUACUCUGGGUGGGUGGGCACAUACUUAGGUCUUUUUAUCGCCAGUUCCGUUUCGAUGCCGAAGCUGAGAAGCCACGGCUGGCUUCAUUAGCCCGGGGGCGGGCAGCCGGGCUCCAUCUGCCCCCAGCCAGCGCCGCGCCAUCCUGCAGGCCGGGCCUCGGCAUCCGCCCUCCCCUUCCCCAGCACCCGGCUCGCAGCUGCUGCACCCUCCCUGAGGUGGGAGAGGCCCACCUGGCCCCUGGCCAGGCUGUCCCCACCGAGAAGAUAAGCUGCCACCAACCCGGAUCCACCUUCAGGGUCCCAGGGGCUGGGCCGGGGUGUGCCCGGAGGGGUUUUAGGCUCUCCCCGUGUGUGGGUAUGUACAGCCCGAGGGCCGGGUCUACACAGAGGGAAAGCUGUGGAGUUUGUGCAGAGGAGGGGCCUUCAGGGUUCACUCGUAUUCAUGUAGCGUUUUGUUGUUCCAGGAGUUCUGUAUAAAGCAAGGACUAUUUUAUGGACCAAGUUUCCAUGUAACUGUUGCAGUCAAAGUGCAAUAUACGGCCCUUCUGCUCCCGGGCAGGAAGUCGCUGGCCCGACAAUCACAGCCCCGCCAGGGGCCCGCGGCCAGUGCCUCCCCCCGUCCUCCCACGUCACCCGUGUCGCCUGCCGCCUCGGUGACCAGCCAUCCAGAGAAGCACCUGCAAGUCUCAGCCCGCCUGCAAUAAAGGCCGGGAGGCCUCGGUGCGGGGGGCCCUGCGAGCAGGGGGCCCGACCUGUGCCUGGGGCCGCCUCCGCGCCGUGGCCCUGCGCUCCCUGCCUGCCCGCCCUGCCGCCAGCCAUGCCAAGGACCACAGCAAUAGUCUCCGGGCCUCUCCCAGCGGCCCUCAGCCAUAGCCGGUGAGGGGCAGUGAGGGGCAGCCCACCCUCCCCACGCGAGUCUCUUCUGUAUCCAGGUCUGCCUGCUGCCUCCCCGAAGAUUCCUUCUGGCACAUUCUCUUGAGGAAGCAAACAGAGAGAGAGGGCGAAGCCCUUCCAAAAUACCAAAAAUGUUUACAGCGUUGGGUGCCGAGCCACAGCGCCCGGGCCCGACCAGUCAUAACCAAAGGGUGAGGCAGGCCUUGCCGACUGCCACCCGCCCCAGGCCUGUUAGAGUAGAAGCCUUAGCCCUCCCACCACCUGUGCCCUGAACCCCCGAUCUGACCAGCCGCCUCUAGGACCUGGACCUCGGAGGAGGCCGUCGGCAUUCACCGCCCCCUCCAGCUCCCCCGAGCCACCCACCCGCCUGUCUGCAGCCUCACAGCUGGGCCCCUCCCGUCUGUCCUGUGCCAUCGGUGUCUGGGCUGUGUGCGUGUGUGCGCGUGUGUGCGCGUGUGCGCGUGCGUGCGGGUCCUGCCUCCUCCCACCUCGCUGUCCCUGCACUGUGGGCCUGAGUGUGCUCUGUAGACGGCGUCGUCGUCUGUUACAGAUUAAAGAAGCAGGAAGGCUUC